UUCAGGGCAAGACGCACACAGUCAGACAGGUCUCAAUCCAGGCCUGUACCCGUCCUCGGCAUCGCUCCAUCAGGGACUCAAACCGCCGGUCUCACACAUACAAGGCCUCCACGGGUCUAGGAUUCAAACCAGCGGCUAUACUAAGCAGGGCUACGAUGGUUGCCACGGCGCGGGCAGUGGUCUGCCUGUCUUUCUGGUUGUCUGUGGUUCAGGUCCGGGGAUCCUACAUCCCUCCAAUGAUGAACAAAACCAUCCAGGACCUCCUGCGGCACUAUAGUAUCUCACCUAAAGAGAGAUUUAACGGGAAGCCGGUCUUCUCUAAAGAACCGCUGACUGGAAAAAUGGAGGGAAAGCGGGUGUUGAUGGGAGGCAUUCUGGACACAUACGAGAAGCUGAUUGGCCAGAUGUUGAAGCAGCAGCCCACCCCGGCCCCCCAGACCGCCGGGAGCAACGAGCGUCUCACCCCUGCCAACCCCCCCGCCGGCGCCGGCACUGCCAGCGAUGGCAGCGUCAGGUGGGGGUUGAACUACAUCCUGCAGAGGGUCCAAGCGCUGAGGAAAAACUACUACCAGGAGCAAAAGACGCUGCUGCAGAAGCUCAAGGCUCUCGACGAAAUCCAGCUGAAUAACCGUGUGGUCCAGAGCAAAGCAUUGUGGGAGCUGCCGUGGCUGUACGAGGAGGCGAGCUCGUUGAACGACACCAUCAAGCUGGAGCGGAGGAUGAGGCGCCGCCGCCGCCGCCAAGCCCGCAAAGUCAAGACUCGUCUGACCGCCUGAAACACCGACAACCACAGCAACAGGGAUGAUUUAACGACAAAAAUAAAAAUCAAUUAAAAAUACAUUACAAUGCCAAAGAAAAUCCAAAUUUAAACCAGCGUGCCAACUUCUUAUUCUAUUUUCUAGGAGGUUUUUCGAGAGGUUAUUUAUGAAUAAAUGUAUAUGUAUUACACCAGCAGCCUAAGCCUAUAGAAGAUAUUGUACAUUUCUAAAAUUCAUGUGUCUUUUUAAAGGAUGUUCGGAGCUCGAUACUUGAAAGAAGCGUGGCUUCAGGUUUGAUCCUGUGAAAUGUUUAUGAAAACUAAAAGUCAAUCAACUCACUUUAUCAAACACAAUCUCGACCAGUUUCCACCUGGAAAUACUUGAUUUCUACUUAUUUUAAAAUGUUUAUUUAAUGCUCAGAAAAUCAGCCAAUUAGAAAUAUAAUAAUUUAACUGUCAGCGGCUCAUGUAGUACAAAGUACACACAUAGUACAAAGUACACAUGUAGUACAAAGUACACAUGAGUUGAAUACUGGCAUAACCUUAAAUGCACUCUGAACAUGUGGGUCCAGCACUGAAGUAGAAGUACUAUACUCUUUAGGGAUUUGUUGUAUUUUACUGACAUGUAUUAUUCUAUUUAUGUUUGUAUUUAAAGCGUAUUUAAUAAGCGUAAUGCAAUGACUGAUGCUAAUUUAUUGUAUUUAUUGAUUGAUUGGUACAUGCAGCGAAAUGCAACUGAAUAAAGCACAAU